AUGUGUCAGACGACGGUAAAGCCAGUAACCCACAGCAGGAUCAAUGUAUCUGCUCGGUUUAGGAAACCACUUCAGGAGCCCUGCACCAUCUUCUUGAUUGCAAAUGGAGACCUCAUAAGCCCAGCUUCUCGCCUCCUUAUCCCCAGAAAAGCUCUGAAUCAGUGGGAUAAUAUACUACAAAUGGUCACAGAAAAAAUAACUCUGAGGAGUGGGGCUGUCCACAGACUUUACACUUUAGAAGGAAAACCGGUUGAGAGUGGGGCAGAGUUGGAGAAUGGGCAGUUUUAUGUGGCUGUCGGCAGAGAUCAGUUUAAGAAAUUGCCUUACAGUGAAUUACUUUUUGACAAGUCAGCAGUGAGGUCUUAUGGUCAGAAAGCUCCUUCACUACCUCCUGUGGUGGGACCCAGAAAGUCUAAAGGGAGUGGAAACGAUCGUCAGUCUAAAUCUACAGUUGGAUCCAGUGACAACCCAUCUCCUCAGCCCCGAAAGAGGAAAGAGAAAAAAGAUGUGAAUUCGGGAAAACUCGCAAAAGGGAAACAAAAUGUAAAGUCAAAGAGUUCACCACAGGCGGUCCCAGACGGCGUCAGUGGGGAACAUGCUGGGGCGCUUGGGAGGAGGAUGGAUGGGAUUAGGUUAAAGAUUCGGGGCCGGAGCUGCGUCCUCUGCCUGGGAGCCCCAGCCCACUUCACGGUGGAUGUGAGGAGUCCGUUCGAAUCACAGUCAGUGUGGGCCUCACAGCUGGUGCAGCAGGAGCUCGCUGCUAGGGCUUAG